UGCAGACUUUAUCUGUGGCAACUCUACUCGUUUCUGCUCGUCAUUCUGUCGCAUUCCGGUUGAAGCUAAAGAAAUAAAUUGUUUUAUUAACUUACACUAAAAUUAAAAUGUUGAACAACUACCAGAGCUCAGGCUAUCCCUUGUGGAGCAAUGGACCCACACCUGGUGGUUUCUACAACUUCACCGGCGGACAGCAGACCCACAAAUUGCCCAGUGAACUGGUCACAGAGGGUCCGUACGGAACCAAGCGGAAUACAUCUUCAAUUACCACUGGUUCAUCGGUGUUGGGCAUUCGCUUUGAUGAAGGCGUUAUGAUCGCAGCUGACACCUUGGUCUCCUAUGGAUCAUUGGCUCGUUAUCAGGAUAUUCAUCGCGUUUUCAAAAUCAACAACAAUAUCAUUUUGGGCGGAAGCGGAGAUUUCGCUGACAUACAAUCGAUCAAACGGAACAUUGAUCAGAAAAUGAUUGAGGACCAAUACUACGAUGAUCAGAUCACAAUGAAGCCUAAAGAAUUGUCCUCUUGGCUGACUCGUGUGCUUUAUGGUCGUCGCAGCCGAAUGAAUCCAUUGUACAUUGAUGUUGUAGUCGGUGGAGUCGAUAAACAAGGCGUUCCUUUCCUGGGCAAUGUCGAUUUGCGUGGACGUGCCUAUGAGGAUUAUGUGGUAGCCACUGGAUUUGCCCGUCAUUUAGCUUUGCCAUUGGUGCGUGAACGCAAGCCAGCUGAUCGUGACUUUACCGCCCAAGAGGCUUCAGAUUUGAUUCGCAAAUGCAUGGAAGUCUUGUAUUAUCGUGAUACCCGAAACAUGUCCAAAUACACUGUCGGUGUCUGCACGACCAGCAACUGCUUAGUCGAGGGUCCAUACAAUGUUAACGAGAACUGGACUUUUGCAGCCAAUAUUAAAGGCUAUUAGAGAAACGAAUUCAAAAUUUUGUACAAUUUUUAAUCAAGCUUAAGGGAAUACGUUCAUACAAAUACACAACAAUCGCACUCAAUUUCAAUAAUAAAAAUUUUGGAUUUGAUCUGAA